AUGUGGCCAAAUUCUCUAAAUAGCUUUAACCAUACCUCCCUAAUAACUUGUAGAAUAAAGAACUUAUCGAGAUUGUCAACAAAUCAAUCUGAAAAUAUGUUCAUAAUAGAGAUGCAAACUAAAACUUUAAUAAAUGAAUGUUCAAUGAUUCAAAUACGCUACAAAGUUACAAACGAGAAGAAGACUCUCUCGGAACAUGUAAUGCAAUUUAUGUUGAAAUGUUCAUUUUGCACACGAGCUGAAUCGAAUUGA